AGAGCUCGGGACGUGGAGGUGGUGCUGCCUAUUGUGUUCGGCAGCUGUGCCUUCUGGCUGGGGAAGAAGGCCGAUGAGAACGCCACACACAAGUGGACAGUGUAUGUGCGGGCAGCUGACAAUGGCGACCUUGGUAGUGUGGUGAAGAAGGUGGUGUUUCAGCUGCAUCCGAGCUUCUCCAAUCCCUCUCUUAUAGUGGAGCGGCCGCCCUUCAUGCUGUCGGAGAGCGGCUGGGGCGAGUUUGAGAUUCACACCUUUCCCCUCUUUCCGCAUGUCGUGGUGUUUCAGCUGCACCCGAGCUUCUCCAAUCCGACGCGCAUUGUGGAGCGGCCGCCCUUCAUGCUGUCGGAGAGUGGCUGGGGCGAGUUUGAGAUCGCCAUGACCAUUGUCUUCCACGCCGAUGCUUCUGAAAUGCCAGCUGAGCUCACCCAUCACCUUCGGCUGUACCCAGAAGGCAGCGCUCCGAACCAGCCUCUCAGCACCAAGCGGCCUGUUGUGGCUGAGCAAUACGAUGAGCUAGUGUUCUGCGAGCCACAGAUCGCGUUCUUCCAUCGCAUCCGCUCCAACCCCAUGGUACGGAUUCACGGCAGUGAGGAGGCCAUCACUGCCGCUGGCAACCACGCAGCGAUACCACAAGAUGGCUCCAGUUCGGCCCCUGCAGAUGCACGUAACUUGGAAUCAGAUUUGCGAGGAGAGAAUAGAGGGGACACUCUAGACCAUCCGUUGUCGCAGUGGUUUCUGCAGUUCUCAGACGAACAAGAGCUGACUGCCAUAGCUGCUGCAAGGAAGCAGGUUGCCACACUGACGGCCAAGUUAGAAGCUGAAUAUGCCUCUCUUGAAUCUGAGUGUCAAGAACUUAAGCAAGGCUCUAGUCAACCAGGCUGA